UAGAGCUACAUUCGGUGAUUGUUCGUUUGGCUUUUGUUUCUUGCUGCCGUAUUUAGAUGCCUUUUUUGAAACAUGGCUUGAGUACGAAAUAAUUUGACCGCUGAAGAGCACAUUGUGGUUGACAUAUUUACUUGCAGAGUCCGUGGCUUAUAUCUCUCUUACGCUACGAAAAGAAUUGUAUUCUGUAAGAUUUGUGGAGGAUUUUCGUUCAGAAGAAAUUUGUGCUGUGCGCUUUGGGGAAUUGAACCCGAGAUUUCGUUUCUGGUUCAAUGCUGGAGCUUGCUCCUGUAAGCCGGCAUUUUGCCUUCUCGUUUUUGAGACUUGCUUCUGAGCCUUCACAUUUCAUUCGAGCUCGUGGAAUGACAUGGUGCAUAUUAUCCCGCAGCUCGGCGAUGGAAUCGGUGCAUUCAUUUGGCACUUGAGCUCAUCCAAAUUUACGCGAGAGCUGUGAAAGUGACCGAUUCUGGCAUAAUUAAAUAGAAGGCAGCUUUGAAAUUACUGAGAUGCAAUUGGGGCUUGAGAAGAGGACACAGUUUCUGUGCAAGCUGACUCUUUCAUCACCUAAUUGCAUACAAACAUAGUCAAAGACUUUAUCUAGCAAUGGUUCUUGGAAUUAGAUCAAAAAGCAAGAGAGAAUCCUCUCUCCAUGUCAAUUUUGCAAUCCAUUUGCAGGAGAUCAAGCCCUGGCCACCAUCCCAAUCCUUGAAAGCCCAAACACCAGUAAUAUUGCACUGGGAAAGGGGUGAUAGACACGCUGGAAGUACAAGAAGGGUUGUACCUCAAGUAGGGCCAGGCAUUGGCAAUGGUAAAAUAGUGUUUAAUGAAUCCUUUUUACUCCCUGCUACUCUAUUUAGAGAGUCCAGUGAUAAAGGUAGGAAUUUACCAGAUGGUGAGAAAUAUCAGAAAAAGUGUUUAGACUUGAACUUAUAUGAGAGUAAAACUGAAAGAACUGUAAAAGGGCAACUUUUGGGAAGUGCUGUUGUAGAUCUAGCCCAAUAUGGCAUUCUUAAAAGCUCUACUACUAUUAGUGUUACUCUCAAAUUAAAGAGAAGCUACAGAAAUGCAGUUCAGCCAUUAUUGUUCUUGAGCAUUGGUCCAUAUGACAGGAAUAGUUCAACUGAUGUCCUUGACACUGAGAGAGUACAGGCAUGUGUAAGUUCUAGUACUUCCCCAAGGCAUUCGCAUUCAAGUAGGACUUCCUUGGGCAAAAAUAGUAGGGAUGAAACAUUAAUGAGUGAUGAUGGUGCAGAGGAGGCAGAAAUUGCGUCCUUCACUGAUGAUGAUGAACCUUCUUCUUUUCAUUCUUUAUCACCCGAUUCUAUGUCUGCAUCAGAAGCAAAACUAAAUUCACCUUCCACAAAAUUGGAGCAUAGUUUGCAAGUUCAACAAGUGGAGGAAGAGCCUGGAGGUGUUGAUAUCAAUUCUGAAAGGGUUCAGAAGGCUUCAGUUUCAUCUCUAGAAGCAUUUCCAGCUAAAACACCAUUAUCAUCAUCCUCAUCCAAGGGAGCUCUUUCUCGAGAUGGUACUACCUUGUAUGCAUCCUCUUCAGAUGUUUCUUCUGGUCCUGGUAGCCCUGAAAAUGAAGACACUAUAAUUCUUGGUUCUUCUGGAACUAGAUCACAACAAUUAUUUACCGAGAGUCGUGUUUUUUCCCAAAUAAAUUUUUCGUUUUCCCCAUAUAAUGAGCACAAAGGUGAAGAGCAGACUGUUGCUAAGAUUGCAGAUGGAAAUAAAGUACCACCUGAUUUGAAUGAAGAGAUUAAUAAUGUUGUAGGAGGUGGUGGAAAUGGUGAAUAUGGAGAUUUAGGAAAUUAUAGAACAGAAGAACCAGAUGUAAAUGCAACACAUGAUGCAAAAGAGGGCUUGGAUGGAAAAAUUGAGAAGGAAGCCACAAAAGCCAAUGUUAAGACUAUAAUCAAUGCCUUUGACGUUGCAGCAGAUGAAAAACUUCCAGAGGUGAAGAAGGCAGAGAAGAAUAAGGGAGGAAAAGAUAGUAGAGAAAGCACCGGAGGAAGUUAUUUAGUAGGAGACCUAGUAUCAGAUCAAAGGCAAUCAGAGACAACAAAAUCUAAUGUGAAUGAUGGAAAAAGUGCAUAUGAAGCAAAUGUUUUUGGUUCAAGAAUAAUGACCCUUGCAGAGGAGGUGGAUAUGCAAACACCAGUACCGGAAUCUAUGGUAGAAGAAGAAGCACCAAAGCAAUUGCCAGGAGGGGUUCAAGCAGUGGAAAUCUCACUGGAUAAUAUUGCACAGCAAACAAAGGCUGAACAAAAAGAAGGAAGCUACCAGUCGGUGGAUAUUUGGACUCGGUUGGCAAAGCCAACCAUGGAUAAACCAGUUAAACAGACAUCUAAAUCAUCUCGAGAUACUUCCAAAAAGACCCCCAAAGCUGGUGCAGAGGUGAGAAAUGGAGGCAAAAAUGGUUCUGGAGUACGGGUAAAGUCUAUACAAGAUAGCAAACCCAAGAAUUUGAAGGUUUCUACCAAGUCAAUUUCUGACACAGAAGACAUAAAUCCUGCAGUGGAACUUGAUGAUAAAUUUAUAGAAGAAGUAAAGGAAAUUAAUGUUUCUGAAAUUGCAUCUGGUAAUAAUGGAAAUGGUGCAAUGGAGGAAAAUGAUGUAAAAUCUGAUGAAAGAUUUUCCAAAGAAAACAUGAAAAUUAUAUUUGCAGAGGCAAGGGCUGCUGUUGCAGAUGAGAAGGUCAAGCAAAUGGAGUCAGAAAUUGAAAAGCUAGAGGGUGAAUUGAGAGAAGCUGCUGCUAUCGAGGCUGCUGUGUAUUCUGUAAUUGCAGAACAUGGGGGUUCAUCUCAUAAGGUUCAUUCUCCUGCUCGACGUCUGGCAAGGCUUUAUAUUCAUGCAUGCAAGCAUUGGAGUCAAGACAGAAGAGCAGGUGCUGCAAGAAAUACAGCCUCUGGGCUUAUCUUGGUUGCAAAAGCCUGUGGGAAUGAUGUUCCAAGAUUAACCUUCUGGUGGUCAAAUACGGUUGUUUUGCGGGAGAUAGUCUCCCAGUCUUUUGACAGCUCCCAAUUAUCGUCCCCGGUUUCAUAUUCCAAUGGGUCAAAUGGAGUGAGGAAAAACCAGAGAGUGUCCUUUUCUCAGAACUCCAGGAAAAGUCUUACUAAACAAGAAAGAGAAAAGCUUAGUCCAAAAAAGAAGUUAAAUGACUGGGGAGAAACACAAACCUUUAUAACUGCAUUAGAAGAAAUUGAAUCAUGGAUAUAUGGAAGAGUCAUUGAAUCUGUUUGGUGGCAGACCUUGACUCCUUAUAUGCAAUGUCCAACUGACGUGACAUUUAAGGAAAAUAGGAGGUUAAACUCAAGAAACAGCUUUGAAAAGUUACUUGGCCCUGAGCUUGGUGAUCGUCAGCAGGGAAAAUAUUCCAUAGAUCUUUGGAAGAAGGCUUUUUUGGAUGCCUUUCAGAGGCUUUGUCCUGUUCGAGCAGGAGGCCAUGAGUGUGGGUGCUUAAUUGUCCUAUCAAAAAUGGUUUUGGAACAGUGUGUAGCUAGACUAGAUGUGGCCAUGUUCAAUGCUAUACUACGUGAAUCAGAAGGAGACAUGCCGACUGACCCCAUAUCAGAUCCGAUAACUGAUCCUAGUGUUCUUCCCAUACCUGCUGGCAAUCUGUGCUUUGGUUCCGGAGCACAGCUAAAAAAUGCGGUAGGUAACUGGUCUAGGUUGUUGACAGACCUGGUUGGAAUUGAUGCAGAGGACACGACUCAAGAAGAUGCUGACCCUCAGGAGGGUAAUCUUGAGGAUGUAGAAGCAUUGUUAAGUUCUUUCCCUCUUCUAAAUGCAGCCAGUGACUUGCUGAUGCUUCCAAAGGAUAUGCUCAUGGAUAAGUCCAUUAGAAAAGAGGUUUGUCCUGUACUCAGUUUACCUCUGCUAAAGCGCAUUCUUUGCAACUUUAUCCCUGACGAGUUCUGUCCUGACCCUGUACCAUUACAACUGAUGGAAACACUAAAUGCUGAGAUACCUUUGGAGCGGCGUUUGCAGAGUGAGGAAGAUUCAGUUUCUAUUUCUCUAGUUUCUGCUCCUUUCAUUAAGUACUCUCCACCACCAGCAUCAUCAGUCAGAGAGAAGAUCGGAGGUGCAAAUGAUAUCUGCCUUGGAAGAAGUGCAUCUGUUGUUUUGAGGAAGGGUCAUACCAGUGAUGAUGAACUAGAUGAAUUAGAGUCACCGCUUUCCCUGUUAGUAGAAACAGUGCCUGCCAUCACUCCUCAAAUGAACAAAGUGCACAGUAAUGGAAAUUCUGGAGGAAAUGUGAAGCAGGCCACCAUCAAGACAGGGGUAAACAGACGCUAUCAACUGCUUCGAGAGGCAUGGACUGAGAAAUGAUGAAAGGGAUAUUGGAUAACAAGUUUUAGCUUUUCUAAUAUUUUUUGGCCUGAAUGUAUAGUUUGAGGGUAAUUUUGAAAUGCCUUUCCAGAUGCAUGAUCUCCGCUUGGAUUUAGUUAUCAUUCUUUAAUAUGAAGAUGCGGAUUUUAUUGUAGAUAUAUAUAUGUAACAUCAUAAAUCUAGGACAGAUAAGAAUUAGGUUCAGGAUCAAAGAGGAAUUGAAAAAUGUUACAAUAAUUCGAAUGAACAUUAAUUCUCAAUUCUACUUCA